AUGAGUGCUGGUGCAGGAGAAGGAGCUUAUAGCUUCUCAUUGACAACUUUCUCGCCGAGCGGUAAAUUGGUUCAAAUUGAACAUGCAUUAGCAGCAGUAUCACAAGGUGCAACUUCUUUAGGUAUCAAAGCAUCCAAUGCCAUCGUAAUUGCAACAGAAAAACGUCCACCUUCACCUCUAGUAGACGAUUCAUUCCUAGAAAAGGUCUCAAUCGUUUGUCCUAAUAUCGGUAUCGUAUACUCUGGAAUGGGACCUGAUUUCCGAGUCUUAUUAGCCAAAGCAAGAAAGAGUGCACAAGCAUACUGGAAGAUCUAUGGCGAAUAUCCACCAACCAGAAUUCUGGUGCAAGAGGUUGCAUCAAUCAUGCAAGAAGCAACACAAAGUGGUGGUGUGAGACCGUUUGGUGUUUCACUUCUUGUGGCAGGAUUCGAUAGCGCUCGUGGACCAUCUCUAUACCAAGUCGAUCCUUCUGGAAGUUAUUUCAUGUGGAAAGCAAGUGCGAUCGGAAAAAAUAUGACAAAUGCAAAGACUUUCUUGGAGAAGCGGUAUAAUGACGAUAUUUCUUUAGAAGAUGCUAUCCAUACAGCCCUGCUGACAUUGAAAGAAGGAUUUGAGGGACAGAUGACGGAAAAGACGAUCGAGAUCGGUAUCAUCGGAACAUCAACACAAUCACCAAUCGGACAGAGCCAAAAGCAAAUUCCAUGCUUCCGCAAAUUAACAGAGAGUGAGGUGAAGGAUUAUUUGGCACUAUGA